AUGGCUGCGACGCAGGCAGAGUCUCAGCGUAGCGAAGUGAACGUAGAUCAGAGUCCAUCGGAGCAACUCAGUGAAUCUCGGAGCGCUCUAUUACAAAACGGCACUGACAAGAGCGUAGGGCGCGUUCCGCCCGAUGGCAUUGUGAACACAAAGAGCAAAUCGCCGAUGUCGGCCGAUUCCGGACAGCCACGCGACAGUGGCGAAGCACCAGGUCACGAUCGGGGCGGUGAACGACCGAUAGCGGACCAGUACGGCCAGUAUCGUUAUCCAGAAGGGGCAGAUCCGUAUUAUGCGGCGCGGCCUGGAUUUCCCGGUAAACCGCGCCCUCCGCCGCAACAGAGAUUCUUUCCGGGCCAGCCUGCAUCACAGGCACCAGGUCCCACGCCCACACUUAACUCAUUGCUGCAAUCGAGCGGUGCGCCGCCACACCGCUAUCCCAAUAGCUAUGAGCAGCCACCGGCGGGUUAUGGGCCCGCCCCUGGUUGGCCUCCGCCACGACCAAUGCCUCCGUAUAAUCCCCAGGGAGGACCCUAUAGAAAUUCUACGCCGCCGCGGGGCUACGGCGGACCUCCGUACGGCGGCGGGCCGGGCGCGGCUGGCGGACAGCAGCCGCCCGGCGGCUACGGCCCGCCCGGCUCCUAUCCGCAACGAUAUCCGCCGCCUCCUAACUCGCGACCGCCUUUCUCACCACAUCAGGGCUACGAGCGCGGUGGAUCCCCGCAGCCGCCCUCCCAUCCUCCAGGCGCCCCGAGCCCAGGCGCUGCGCCCAGCUCUGGUGCGUUGUCCCCCACACAUGACUCCCAGCAUCCGCCACAUCUGCCGCCUGGCUCGCAGCCGCCGCUACAGGGCUACCCGCAACCGCCGAGACCUCCUCAACCGUCCACGCCCAAUGCGCAUGAUCCUGAUUCGGAUCUGACAGGACAAAACAGCAAUGAUUCGGGAGGCAGCGGAGGCGCGGGGCGCGCUUCGACGCCGCACCUGAGGCCCACACCAAGUCCCACCGGCUCCAGCGGCUCCCGCUCCAUGUCACCAGCUGUCGGAACGCAGAACGUACCGAUGCCCCCGCGGCCGUCGUCGUCGCUGUCGGACGGCAGCGCGCCCGUUCGCGGCGCCGUACCGGCGGGCGGAGCGCCGGGUGCGAUGGUGGCGCAGCCCUACCACCAUGCGUACAAGGCGGCGCACUACCCGCCGCAGCCCUACGGCUACCCGCCGAGAAACCACCAUCCGUAUCCGUACGCCGGCUACCGUCCGGCGCCACCGCCGCCGCACCCGCCGCAGCACUAUCCUCCACUCAAGGGCGCGGGCGGAGGUGUCGCGCGGCACAUGGGCCCGCCGGGCGAGGCGAUGCCGCCGCCGACGGCGCCGGGCGAGCACGACAACGGGCCCGCCGCGCCCGCCACCGCGCUCGUCACCACCGGGCCCGACGGCGCGCCGCUCGACGAGGGCAGCCAGCAGAGCACGCUCAGCAACGCCUCCGCCGCGUCGGGCGAGGAGCAGUGCGGGCCGAAGGCGCGCAAGGAGCUGGGCGCGGGCAGCGCGGCGCCGUCGCCGUCGCCCGGCGGCGGCUCGCACUCCUCGCUGCACGACGACUACGACGCGCCCGCCGCCUGGCCGCGCCCGCCCUCCAGCCCCGUAUUUAACAGUCACAUACCGCCGGAGUCCUACAGAUCAAAGAAGUCGGACUCGCUGGGCAAGCUGUACGAGAUGGACGACGCGCCGGAGCGGCGCGGCUGGGUGGAGCGGCUGCUGGCCUUCAUGGAGGAGCGGCGCACGCCCAUCGCCGCCUGCCCCACCAUCUCCAAGCAGCCGCUCGACCUCUACCGCCUCUACCUGCUGGUGCGCGACCGCGGCGGCUUCGUCGAGGUGACAAAGAACAAAACGUGGAAAGACAUUGCGGGUCUGCUGGGAAUUGGCGCCUCAUCAUCGGCCGCGUAUACACUACGCAAACACUACACAAAGAAUCUGCUCGCUUAUGAAUGCCAUUUUGAUCGCGGCGGUAUCGAUCCUCAACCAAUCAUCAAUCAGGUGGAAGCCUCCACAAAAAAGAAGGGCGGCAAGGCCAACAAUACUACAAGUGCUGCCGGUUCGUCGAACUCGUCGGAGUCGUUUCCUGGCGGCGGUGCGGCGGCGGGCGGCGCCAUGGACGGCUACGCGCCGCAGUACGCCGGCUACCCGCCGCCCGCCAACCAGCCGCAGGGUGCCGGGCCGGGCGGCGACAACCUCGCCGCCUCCAACCCGUUCGACGAGCCGCCUGGGCCGCGCAGACCCCCAGGUUAUCAACAGGGGUACGGGUACGAAUAUGGAUCACCUUACCCGUCAAAUAGGCCUGUUUAUCCUCCGUAUGGCCCGGAAGGUGACAGGUCGUACGGGUCCGGCGAGUACCGGUACGGCGGGUACGCGGGCGCGUACCGAGCGGGCGCGCCGCCGCCGGCUGGCACGCCGCCGCCCGCGCAGCCCUACCCCGACUACUACCGGCCGCAGCCCGCGCAGCACGCGCCGCACCUGCCGCACGCGCCGCACCCGCAGCACCCGCCGCACCCGCAGCACCCGCCGCACCCGCCGCAUCCGCAGCACCCCCAGCACCCGCAACACGCGCCGCAGCACUCGCCGCACCCGCCGCACCCGCAGCAUCCGCAGCACCCGCAGCAGCAGCCGCCCAUCGAGAUGUCGGGCGGCGCGGGCGCGGGCGCGGGUGCCCAGCAGUCGGUCGGUAACCUAAUGAGCUCGCAGCUCGCGCGCCAGCUGGUGGCGCCGCUGCCGCCCAGCGCGCGGCCCUACUACGGCGGCGGUAAGAACGCGAGCGCUGUGGGCGCGGGCGGCGUGGGCGUGGGCGCGAGCGCGGGCGCGGGCGUGGGCGUGGGCGCGGGCGCGGCGGCGGGCGGCGCGCCGGCGCCCGGGGUUGGCGUGGGCGCGGGCGCGCCGCGGCGCCACCCCGACUUCGCGAAGGGCGAGCCGUUCGCGGCGGCCGGCGCGCGCUUCCCGGCCGCGUGGGCCGGCAGCUUCGCGCGCUCGGCCGCGCCGCAGCCCGCCUGGCGCCCGCCGCUGCCCGCCGCGCAGCCGCCCGCCUGGCCGCACCAGCCCUACCAGCCGCAGACGCCGGGCGGGCCGGCGUGGGGCGCGCCGCGGCCGCCGCUAGAGCUGCCGCCCGCCGCGCCGUCGCCUGGUGCAGUACCAGGCGUAGGAGCAGGACAAAUCAAGCGAGAGUUGACGUUCCCUCCAGAUUGUGUGGAAGCGACAGUACCCACUGCCGAAAAACGGCGGCGGCUCACGAAGGCCGAUGUCGCACCAGUUGAUGCGUGGCGAAUAAUGAUGGCCUUAAAAUCCGGUCUGCUGGCGGAAACCUGUUGGGCGCUCGACAUCUUAAACAUAUUGCUUUUCGAUGACAACUGUAUAAGCUAUUUUGGACUGCAACAUAUGCCCGGACUUCUCGACUUAUUGCUCGAGCAUUUCCAUAAAAGUUUGAGUGACGUAUUCGACGCGCCGAUUCCUGAAAAUGAGCCGUGGUACGCCGUUCCUGCCGAGGCCGAGCCGCCCGCCAAAGUGCGCCGAAGAGCCGAGCCCCCCGAUUCCGCCGACAACGUACGCGUGCUUUCUGGCGAAAACUAUACGUGUCAGUCGCGGCGGCGCCACCCUGUCGUGUACAAGGGCGACGACGAACUGUUUGCGCCCGAAGACUGCGAAUCGGACGGCGAGCGCGUGGAGGACGUGUUGGAGCCGUGGCAGUUCAGCGGCGACUCGGGGGGCGCUGCCCACGUGGUGCCGUGUUUCCGCGCAGAGUUCCUUCCGUUGCCCUUCGUGCGCGUGUUCCCGUCGCAGCGCGCCUCAGAACCCGCCGCGAAGACCGAGCUCGUCACGAAGUCCAAACCGGCGCCGGCGCCGACGCCAACGCCCACACCGGACCCGCCCGACGCGCCCGACGCGCCCGACGCCCACACGCCGCUAGCGUCCGACCGCGACAAUCUUGAAGCGGAGCCCAUGGAACUGGAACCCGAGCGGCGACCCACCCUCCUCGUCCGCGACCCCGCGGGCGUACUCAAACGGCGGCGCCUCGAGGACUACGAGGACGAGUGCUACACGCGGGACGAGCCCAGCUUGAACCUCGUGAACGAGACGCGCGACGCGCUCGCGAAACGGUGCAUCGCGCUGUCGAACAUUCUGCGCGGGCUGACGUUCGUGCCCGGCAACGAGGCGGAGUUCUCGCGGUCGAGCGCGUUCCUGGCGGUGGCGGGCAAGCUGCUGCUGCUGCACCACGAGCACGCGCCGCGGGCGGCACGAGCGCGUGCCUACGAGCGGGCGGCGCGCGACGACGCGGACGUGGACGCGUGCUGCUCCAGCCUGCGCGGCGAGCCCGAGUGGUGGUGGGACACGCUGGCGCAGCUGCGCGAGGACGCGCUCGUGUGCUGCGCCAACAUCGCGGGCGGCGUCGAGCUGGCCGGCCAGCCCGAGGCGGUGGCGCGCCCGCUGCUGGACGGGCUGCUGCACUGGAGCGUGUGCCCGGCGGCCGUGGCGGGCGACGCGCCGCCGGCGGCCGCGGCCGGCUCGCCGCUGUCGCCGCGCCGGCUGGCGCUCGAGGCGCUGUGCAAGCUGUGCGUGACGGACGCGAACGUGGACCUGGUGCUGGCGACGCCGCCGCGCGGGCGCGUGGCACAGCUGUGCGCGGGGCUGGCGCGCGACCUGUGCCGGCCCGAGCGGCCCGUGCUGCGCGAGUUCGCCGUCAACAUCCUGCACUACCUGGCGGGCGCGGGCGGCGCGGCGGCGCGCGAGGUGGCGCUGCACGCGCCCGCGGUGGCGCAGCUGGUGGCGUUCAUCGAGCGCGCCGAGCACGCGGCGCUGGGCGUGGCCAACCAGCACGGCGUGGCGGCGCUGCGCGACAACCCCGACGCGAUGGGCACGUCGCUCGACAUGCUGCGGCGCGCGGCCGCCACGCUGCUGCGCCUGGCCGAGCACCCGGAGAACCGGCCGCUCAUCCGCCGCCACGAACGUCGCCUGCUCUCGCUCGUCAUGAGCCAGAUCCUCGACCAGAAGGUGGCGCACGAGCUCGCCGACGUGCUCUACCACUGCAGCCAGCGGACCGAACUUGACGCGACUACUCCCGCGACCGCGCAACACGAACACUAG